AAGAACUGAGAUAAGGCGUCCAAAAAUUCGAAACAGUCAUAAUGAAAAGAAAGUCAAAGAAAAGUAGUUGCAAACUAAUAAUUAAAGAUGUAGACUACAACGGUCAAUUUUCUUUUAAUUAGAAAACCAACCAAGGCUUCCAUAUAGUCUAAGAACAAGAAUUAUAUGUGGCUUUCCACUGACCUCAAAUGUCUUUCAGGCAGCCUUCUUGAGAGCUCUCAAAAUUCUGUCUUUUAAAGGUCAUCUUUGGACACCUACUUUUCUAUAUGGUAUACUUUGGAAGAAGAAAAUCUGUAUUCAAACCUCUGUUUCCUUUUUGACUAUACCCCAAAUGGGCAUGACUUACAGAUUCAUCCCUGAAAAAAGUUCAGGAACCGUUGACCCUUAUUUAUCUUGAGUACACAGUAUUACCACCUGACAUAUCCCAAACUGUAAGAGUACAUACUUUUUUGUUUGUUUAGGACAAAGCAGCUGUGUGGAGAAGGGGGAACUGCUGUAUCGACGACACCGUUUCUACCACAUCAAAUGCCUAGGCAUUUAUCUUAUUUCUAUGAGAUGAUCAAGAGAUGCUUAGCAACUCCGUCUUUUUAGUUUCGUUGUUUAACUUUAAAAAAAAAAUUAGCGAGUUAGCAUAUGCAUCCCAUUAAAAGAUGUAAUCAUUCAAAGAAAGGCUUUAUUUUCAUAUAUAAGUUUGUAAGUUGGACAAAGUCAUAAACGCCUGUUAAACGAACUUUAGAUAUUGAUAUAUCGCUAUAAAUCUAUAAAGAAUUUUGUGUUGAAAAUGAGAAUGUUAUAAUUUGUUCUAAUAUAACACUAGCAAUUAUAAAGUUAAACGUCUUUAGAUAGAUUAAUAAAUAGAAAUAUAGAUACAUAGAUAGAUACAUUUUAAGAUAUAGAUAGGUAGCUAAAUAGGAAGGUAGAUAGAUAGAUAGAUAGAUAGUAGAUAGAUAGAUAGAUAGAUAGAUAGAUAGAUAGAUAGAUAGAUAGAUAGAUAGAUAGAUAGAUUAGAUAGGUAGAUAGAUAGACAGAUAGAUUGUAAGUUGAAACAACUGCCACAUUAGUAAUGACUCACAAAAUCAAAUCCUUUAUAUGAGCAUAUAUUUCUACAAAAGUACACAUAUCGAGUAUGUAUUAAAGAAGAGAUUUGCGAUUAGAUACAUUUCAAUUUACGUAACACAUUGACGUGUAUCCUGAAGUUUACAAUGACGACUCUCGUUAAAGAUGCAGUGACUGGUGCCGCUUUAUGCGCUACAUCUAGUAUUGCAAAAUCAGCAGGUUCUUGCAUUGUAAGUACAGCAGCCAAUUCGUCAGCUAUAAAUGGCCUCCAUGGAUUAGCAUUCAUAUUGUUUUUAGGUUGCAAAGACAACCACUUUAAAAAGUAUUUUGAAAAACAUGGCGAAACACUUCUCAUGCAAGCUGCUAGAAAUGGGCACCCCAAAACAGUGAAACUCUUAAUAGAAAAGGGUGAUCUUUUAAAAGCUGUAAACGAGCGAGGUGAGAAUGCGCUUUUUCUUGCUGUCUCCGAAAAUCAAACCGAAGUUGUAGAAACUUUGUUAGAUCUCGGUUUAGAUGUAAAUGAAAAAAAUAAAAUACAGGAAAGUUCACUGUUGAAAGCCGCCUCAGUUGGGUCCGUCGACAUCUUGCGAAUUCUGUUGGCUAGAUCUGCUAAGAUAGACGAUGUAGAUGAGAAUUCUAACACUGGUUUGAUGCUGGCCUGUGCACAAUGCCACAAGGAUCCUGUUGAGUUUCUCUUGACUAACGGUGCUGACUCCAAUCUUAAGAACAUAAACAAUGAGACGGCUCUGAUGUUCGCGUCAUUCCACGAUUGCCCUGAGAUACUUUCAAUGUUGAUCAGUAAAUGUAGAACACUCGAUGACCAAAAUAUUGAUGGCAACACUGCAUUGAUAAUUUCCGCCUCACUUGGUCACCUGGACAACGUCAGAGAACUAUGUUCAAGUAAAGCAAACAUUGACAUUUGUAACACGUUAGGCCUUAACGCUAUCAUGUGUAGUGCCCAAAGGGGACACCAUGAAGUUGUCGACUAUUUACUACUCUCUAAUGCAAAACCAAAUCAGCAAGAUCUAAAUGGGCAGACUGCUUUGAGUUUAGCAGUCCCUUCCUCAUCUCUAUCUACAGUAGAAAAUUUGAUCAAGUAUGGGGCUAAUAUCAACUCAGCGGACAAAGAAGGUGUUACCCCAUUAAUGAUUGCAUCCAUGAAAGGAAGCAAUGAUAAAACUAGGUUAUUGAUCACAAAGGGAGCCUUCGUUGAUGCCAAAGAUAUACAUGGGAAAACAGCCUUACUGAUGGCAGCUGAGAACGGCAAAAAGGCUAUAGUUGACUUAUUAUGCAAAUGUGGGGCAAAUCUUAACGAAGUGGAUGAACAAGGGUACAAUUCUUUGAUGCUAGCAGCUAGGAAUGGACAUCGUGAACUCAUUGAAUAUUUGGUGUCAAAAAAAGGAUUCAAUAUCGACAGCAGGUGCAACGAUGGCAAGACGGCUUUACUCAUCAGUAUUCUGCACGGCCAGUUGGAUGUAGCUGAAUUAUUAUCGCAUUUUAAUGCAGACAUUACUGUUCAAAAUAAAGAAGGCAUCAACGCUUUGAUGCUAGCAGCUUCUUGUGGCCAUAUCAAAUUAGUAAAAUUUCUCUUAAAUAAAAAGCCAAAUAUCGAUGCCAUUAACAACGAUGGACAAACGGCCCUCAUGUUGACCCAGUUUCACAAACAAAAGGAUGUGAUGAUUCUGCUGAUAAAGAAUAGUGCUAAUAUAAACAUCAAAGACAAAUGGGGAGACACUGCGCUCCACAUCGCUUCGUCACAGGGAUUUUCUUUGGGAGUUCAUCAUUUAUUCAAAGCUGGUGCAACUAAUCUUGAGGUGUGUAACAACAAUGGUGAGACUCCCCUAAUGAAAGCUGCCAUAAGUAGCAAUAAAGAGACUGUAGACAUGUUACUAAAACAUGGUGCAAAACUAGUAGCUACGGACACAAAUGGGUGGUCUGCAUUGAUGAAAGUGGCUCAAAAAGAUGAUUUUCAGAUGGCUAUAUAUUUAAUUAAAAAAGGAGCAAGUGUUAAUGCACGUAGCCAGACUGGAGAGACUGCUUUACAUAUAGCUGCAAAACAUGGUUGCAGUCGAUUUAUACAUCUUCUAGUGGAAAGCGGUGCGGACAUCAACGCCAAAGACGAUCUUGGAGAGACGGGCCUCAUCAAGGCUGUAAUACAUAAGCAUUAUGACACAGCCAUAGCGUUGUUGCAUAAUGAACCCAACAUCAUGCUAACAGAAUUGGAAACGGCUAUAAUAAAAGCAAGAAAAUCUGGUCAAAAAGCUUUGGAAGAAGAUUUACUUAAGUAUAGUAGAAAAUUUUCUGAAGCCGAAACAAAUGAUUCUCAAAAUAGUGACACACAAGCGAUCCCUGCAGAUGAUCUACAAAUGUCAUGUUUGAUUCAAGAGACUAUAAAUGGAAAAUUAAAUGAAGUAAAAGAUCUCAUGAGUCAAAAGGCAGACGUGGAUAGUAAGGAUAUCUAUGGUAAUACCCCAUUAAUGUUGGCGCUAGAGUAUAAGCAUAUUAAUCUGGCGUUUUAUUUCUUGCAGUGCAAGGCUAAUGUAAAGCUAAAAAAUGUCAAAGGGGAAACAGCCCUCAUGAUCGCUUGCAAAAACGGAAUCGUUUGCAUCAUUUACUAUUUAGUAGCAGCUGGAGCUGAGUUGAAUGAUCAGUUCAAGGAAGGCGACACUUGCCUAAUGAGAGCGAUAAGUCUGGAAAAUAAGGAUAUGGUCGGAGCAUUGAUCAACAAUGGUGCCGACAUCAAUGGCAGAGAUAAGAAAGAAAGAACUGCCCUAAUGAUGGCGUGUUCCAUAAAGCAUUUUAAGAUGAUCGAACUGUUAAUAUGGAAUAGGGCAGAUGUGGACUGCUUGAAUAAGGACGGUGAGACGGCACUGGACAUUGUAGAGCGAACAUUUUACGCCGAAUCGUUUCGCGAAGUACUAAGAAUCAUUAAUAAGUUUAAAACUUGUUCGGGGGUAGAGGGUGUGCCUAGAACAAGGUCUCAAUUAUUAAGAGAAUCAAAAAAAUGUACUAUUUUAUAAAUCCUCCCACACAAUGCCAAUUAGUCAUAUUGAAGUGAAAAAAGUAAAACCUGGGUUUUCACAUCAAUGAUCUGUUAAUAUUAACUUCAUGCACCCGUUAAAGUUUUCCUAUGUGUAUUUGCAGAGUAGAUCUCUCCCGUCUGAAUGAUCUGAAAAUGUAUUUCGCAAUGUUUUUUUAAAACCCGCCGAAGAGUCUAUGUAGAUUGUAGAUCUGCGUCCAAAUAGUGAUAAAAAGCACUAUGCUUAUUAAACAAUUACUAUACACUGGACAUCCGACUAAAACAGAUACACGCAUACAAAAACACACACAAGGCUUGUCUCAGAGUCCAAAGAUGAAUGAGGAGUGCAGUACUUCUGUGGCUACGCAGCUAUACAAACGCGCGCACAU